GUAACAGGUGUUUCUUGAUCUUUUUUGUGUUGCGUGAACUUUUGUAGUUUUGUUCGAGUUACAACGUGUUUUACCAUCUAAAAAGAUGAUUUCUUGAUAUUAAAUCAUCUGUUUACGUCCAUGACGUUUCAAGAUGUUUAUAGAAGACAUUAAAAACGAUUUUUACAACGUCCUCCUUGGUAACAGGGUGUUAUUACUAGUUCACUACGACGUAGACGCGAUAUGUACUUGUAAAAUACUGCAGGGUUUGUUUAAAAGUGAUAAUAUUUCGUAUACAUUGGUCCCUGUGGGGGGUAUUGCGGAGUUGAAGCAAGCUUACGAGGAGAACAACGAGGAGAUAAAGUAUGUGGUGCUGGUGAACUGUGGGGGAACCAUAGACUUGGUGGAUAUCCUGCAGCCUGAGGAAGAGGUUGUAUUCUUUGUGCUAGAUGCCCAUAAACCCACGGAUGUGUGCAAUGUGUAUAGCGAUGGACAGGUGAGAUUAGUGUAUAAGGACAGUGAGGAGAACAUUCCCAACUUUGAUGAUAUCUUCAGAGAUGAUGAAGAGGAAGAGGAUGAAGAAGCAGGGAGUGGUCGGGAGGGCCUGGAGGCUAUGGUGGAGAAGAGACGGGAGCGACGCGCCUGGGAGGAGAGGAGGAACACACUCAUGUUCAACUACACACAGUUCUCUUACUAUGGGAAACCGAGUGCGUGUGUGGCGGUGGAGCUGGCGUGGCGUGUGUCCCGCGUGUGGUGGGGCGCGGUGUGGGCGGGCAGCGUGGCGGCGGCGGGCGGCGCCGUGGCCGCCCACCGCCCGCCCGCGCAGGCACUGCUCGACCACCACCAUCUGCACACCAAGGCGCCGCACGAACACGACAAAUAUGGUGCCCGUGUGACCCUGGAGAAGGACGUGAACCUGCCGCUGUACCGCGUGUGGUCGCUGGAGGCGGCGCUGUGCCACGCGCCGGGCUUCGCCCCCGCACUCAAGCUACACACCCUCGCCGGACACGCCAGGCUACGGCAGCUACUGGCUGAUACUGGCAUCCCCCUGCAACAAGCGCGGCAAGCGUUCCGUUCGAUGGACGUGGAGCUCCGUCGCUCACUACUAACGGCUCUGGAGGCGGCCGCGCCCAAACAUAAACUACCGGAGCCCAGUCAUACUACCUUCCUACUGCAGCGGGUGCACUCGCCCACCAUCGCCGCCAUCGACAUCGUGUACGCUAUCAUGGGGCUCAUUGAACAUGAAACGACACCAAAGGCGGAAGGCUUCCAGCUAGCCCUGGAGUGCCUAGCAACAGAGACGGGAGACAACGACGGCCGGCGGCAGGGCUGGCAGGCCGCGCAGCGGGCCUUGGAGGCAGUCGCCCGCCUCGUGCACUCCACGCUCAGCGGACGGAAACUGCAUCUCGCCGGACCAUUCAGCUACUUCAUUGUGCAGGAGGGCACCCCCGAAGCCCGUCUAGUGAAGGGUCCCCUGUGGCUGGGGGUGGCGGCGCGGUGGGUGUCUCUGUGCGCGGGGGGCACGCGCGCAGUGCUGGCCUCCGCCCCCCUCGACUCCCACUCCUGCAUCCUGCUGGGGGUACCGCCGCGGUUCCAGCAUGAACCUAGGAAUCUAUUCGGCGCGGCGUUCGAGCAAGCCGCGACGAAGUCGGGCGCGUCGGUGUCUCUGGACCACGUGGACUCGUCCAUCAUCACACUCCCGCUGGCGCAGAGGGCGCAGUUCCUCGACGCACUCACUGCCUUACUGGCGUAACAGUACCUAACACAUGGUCAUUGACCAGGGGCCUUAGUCUGCUAU